ANAGAGAAAGUUGAUGUGUAAAAAUGAUUGUUGAAGACGACAAUAAUGUGAUUUGCGGGCCGGAGCCCUACGAACCUAUACCAGAAGGCUCCCUUGGGAAAUUUUUGUUCGAAAAUUUGUUGAGCAGUCCUGAUACCAACGACGCAAUGGUUGAUGCAUAUACAGGUGAAACAAUUUCAUACAAAACAAUAUUGGAAGAAACCUGUAACCUAGCUGAAGCUUUGAGAAGAUACGGAAAUGGUUCUGGAUCCAUUCAUGCAAUUUGCAGUGAAAACAAUGUUCAUUAUUUCGUGCCAGUUUUUGCCUCGUUAUAUAUAGGAGCAACAGUAGUCCCUAUCAAUCAUGCUUACACUCGAGCUGAGUUGAAUCACUCCCUGGAAUUGACAGCUCCAAGUAUAGUUUUCUGCUCUCCAUCAGUCAAAGAUAAAUUCCUUGAAUACCAAGGCAAUUUCAUCAAGAAGAUAAUUAUCAUAAACAGCAAGAUGAGUUUCCCUGGGACAGAGACUCUGAAGCAAUUUGUGUCAAAUCAAAUGCAAGGCUUUCCAGUUUUGCCCUACAGAUUCCAACCCUUCAAUGAUUGUGACCAAUCUCAACAAGUGGCUUUCAUCAUGAGUUCUUCUGGCACUACGGGUUUACCGAAAGGAGUCAUGAUCUCCCAUCGACCUAUUUUAGUUAGGAUAGCCCAGUCACGGUAAGAAUGAAAUGAAAUUUCUCAUCAAAAUUAUUUAAUAAUAACAAAGGAACACAGUUUCUGUUAUGUGAAAUGUUAUGACUAUGAUAAUAAUAAUGUUGAUUUGCAUAAUGAAAUAAAAUCUUA